GCAUGUGAAGUCCGAGUGCUUAUUAGCGAGCUGGCGCUCUUCUCUCCAUCAGCCAUUUCUUUAACUUUUUUAAACCACUCAGCGUGGCGAGUGACCGAGCGCUGCUGGAGUAUGGGCUCCCCGGUGUCUUAAGAAGCGACUGAGUGCGGUUUGGACCGAUUUCGCGGAUCGUAAGGAUGGCAAAUUCGACGGGGAAAAAUGUGCCCGAGCAGCGAAGGAAAGGACUAGCUUUUCUGGACGAGCUGCGGCAAUUUCACCAAAGCAGAGGAUCGCCGUUUAAAAAGAUCCCAGUGGUGGGGGGAAAGGAGCUGGACCUGAGCGCUCUCUAUGUCAGAGUCGUCUCAUUAGGCGGCUUCGCUAAGGUGUCGGACAGAAACCAAUGGUCGCAACUUGUUGAGGAGUUUAAUUUUCCCAGGAGUUGCUCGAACGCUGCUUUUGUUUUAAAGCAGUACUACCUGCGCUAUUUAGAGAAGUAUGAGAAGGUCCAUCACUUUGGAGAAGAUGAUGAGGAGGUGCAGCCUGGGAACCCGAAACCAUUGCUUCCAAUUGGUGCAAUACCCUGCUCCUACAACUACCAGCAACACACUGUAUCAGACUAUCUCCGGCAAAGCUACGGGCUGUCGACGGAAUUCGUCCCUCCGUGCGACUACAAUAAAUUGGUGCUGUCCCUGCUGUCGGGGCUUCCUAAUGAGGUGGACUUCGCCAUCAACGUGUGUACGCUGAUGUCCAAUGAGAGCAAGCACACCAUGCAGCUGGACAAGGAGCCCAAACUCAUCACGCUGCUGCUGGCGCAUGCCGGAGUUUUUGAUGACUCGUUAGGUAGCUUUUCAGCCUUAUUCGGUAUGGACUGGAGAGAGAAAACGUCCAGAGACUUUGCAAAGUUUUGGAGAGACGUUGUGGAAGACAAUGAAGUAAAAGAUCUCAUCUCAGACAAGAGCUGCACACCACAAGAUGGUUUAGAGCAGCGCGCCAUGCGAUCCACACUGUUUCAUCCGCAGCGCAACAUGGGCAUUGGCGACUUGGAGGGCCAGCGUGUGCUACAAGUGGCCAUCGUUCUGAGGAAUCUGUCUUUCGAGGAGGCCAACGUCAAACAGCUGGCAGUGAACCGCACAUGCCUGCGAUUCCUCCUCCUCUGCGCACACUGUUCUUUCAUCUCGCUGCGGCAGCUGGGCCUCGACACGCUGUCCAACGUAGCAGGAGAGCUUCAGUUGGAUCCGGUUGAUUUUCGAACAACUCACCUGAUGUUUCACACGAUUACCAAGUGUCUGAUGUCAAGGGAUCGUUUUCUCAAAAUGAGAGCCAUGGAGAUCAUGGGCAACCUGAGCAAGGCAGAGGACAACGGAGUUCUGAUCUGCGAGUACGUGGACCAGGAGUCGUAUCGAGAGGUGAUCACCCUGCUCACCCUGCCAGACGUCAUGCUUGUUAUCUCUUCCCUAGAGGUGCUUUACCAGCUCACUGAACUCGGCGAGAUCACUUGCUCCAAAAUCGCCUCUGUGGACAGGAGCAUAGAUCUGCUGGUGCGGCUAGUGUGUGUGGACUUGCACACUUUUGGACCUGAAGCUUUGAUGGUCAUUAAACUGAUCGAGCAUCAAAGCGCAAGCAGCCAGGCGGCUGAGGUGCGGCCACAACUGGUGGAGAAUGUACCCCCUCCCGUGCAGGGCACACCUGGGUCAGUGACGAGAGGUCCUCAGUCUAAUCCGCCUCCCGGCAUUGUGGAGCUCGAUGGAGAGAAGUUUGCAACUCAGUGGUUGAGUGCCCAUUAUGAGGUGCACACAGAAGGCUCGGUUUCUCGCUCUGAUAUCUACGCUGAAUACCUGACCACCUGCAACAAAAUGUCACGGGGUGGUAUUCUCAACUCCAACGGGUUUAACAAAAGCCUAAGGACUGUGUUUCCUAACCAUACAUUAAAGCGUGUGGAGGACUCUAAAGCGAACCCACAAGUUCCAGUCCAUGUAGUUGGUUUGCGGAAGAGAGCAAUUCCUCUUCCUAUUCAACUGUAUUACCAGCAGCAGCAACCCUCCCCUGUUCCAGGGCCCAAACCCGAAGCCUCCUUAGAGACUCCACAACACUCCCACUCAGCUUUGCCACCUGUUGUGGGUGGGCAGCUUGUCCGGGUACCAGCAUCAAGCCUUACUGCCAGCCAGGCAGCACCACCGGUUGCCUUCAGCAUGCAGGGAGCAUCGCAUCCUCAUCCUCUUGUUCCCAACCCUGCUGCGCCAGUCCAUGCCGGUCCACGGCUUCCAGCGAAUCCGCUUUUACCACCUCCAUCCCCGGCAGCUCAGACAAUGCUCUCACGUCCCGGUGACAUCUUGAAAACGGCUAUGAUGCAGAGCUCCAUACCCACAUUAACCACUGCUUCUAAUGCUAUUCCUGCCUCCAACCUGAACGGUGUCUCUUCAGCCCCUCAGACUGUUCUUCACCAUGCUCCAGUCACACUCAUCCAGCAGGGGGUGCCACAUGGACAUGUAUUGACCGGGAGAGUACAGGCAGCGUGCCCUUCCUUAGAACAGCAGCGGCUAAUGUCACCACAGGGCCAGCAAACCGUGUCUCCUCAAGAGGGUGUAGUUUUGACUAGCUUUUCUCAAAUUUCAAGCACUCCUUGUUCAACACUGGUGGGAGGAGGGCAGGCGUUAGCUGUAGCAGGUGCACAAAAUACCCAAGGGCCACGAGUGGCGUUCCAGAACAUUGCACCAAAACCCGCCCCGCAGGCACAAGCACCUUUGCAGCAUCCGGUCCAGCAGCAGCAGAGCUUGGUCAUUGUCAGCUCUAACCCACAGCCCAACCCUGCCUUUACCCCAGCUAUCCAUCAUAUCGUCUUAGCUAACACCUCAACCAUGCAAAACGCCCAGACCAUCCAGCCUUUAGGACAGCCUGCCAUCUCUCCACAACCAGCCCUGUCACCCGGCCAGCUUCCAUCUUGUUCCAGUCCACAGAUGCCGACCCCACCCUCAAAUACAACCCAAAGCCCGGGACCGCCACCCACUGUCGGCCAGAUGUUAUCUGUCAAACGACAACAGCAGCAGUUUCAAAUCCAAACUGCCUCGCCACCUCCAGCACCCCCUCUACCGCCCACUCCUAUGUCCCCCACCCAGACUACCUCCACGGAAUCUAGCCUGAUCAAACAGUUACUGCUUCCAAAGCGUGGUCCUACCACGCCUGGAGGAAAGCUUAUCCUCCCAGCCCCCCAGGUCCCUCCACCUGCUAGCACUAGGGCACCUAGCCCACAGGUAGUUUAUCAGGUUACCAACAGUAGUCAGGGGGUUGCAUCGGCACCACAGCUUAACGUGCAGCUGGUGCAAAGCUCCCUGCCAGGUGCAGGUGCUGUACAGACUGUGCCCAUCUCUAUUUUACCCGGGCAGAUCCUCUCGACCUCCAGCCCUGCUGCCAUCUUGCAGGCCGCACCCAGUAACCAGGUCACUUUUACGGUAGUGCCAAACUCUACCAGCAGCCCAGGGGCUCCAUCUUCACUGGUUUCUCAGACUAAUCUGACCAUCAACACAUCACCGCUUGGUUUCCAGCUUACCCAACCUUUGCAACCUCCAGCACUUACCUGCACAACACCUGUGCCACCUUUCAGAGGUGACAAAAUUAUCUGCCAAAAGGAAGAGGAGGCUAAGGAUGCUACAGGGCUCCACAUCCAUGAGAAAAAGAUUGAGGUGAUGGAGAACUCCUUGGCUACUGAAGUCUCUGCCAAAGCCAGCAAUGGGCAGCCCAUGGAGGUUGAUGGGCCUGGGGCCAAGUUGCUCAAUGGGAGGAAGUUUGAUUCGAGUCUACCUCCAAACCACUCAGGGAACUGCCAGCCCGAAGCUCUACAGGGCAUCCAGACGCUCAAUGGCCCCUCUGCACAGGACAGUGAUUGCAUGGCAAAACAGGUGUCUGGAGGCCCACCUGCUGAAUCCAAAAAGCCCCUUGUAAAUGGUGUCUGUGACUUUGAUCGAGGGGAUGCCACAACUGGUGCCCAUCUAAACAAAAACAUUCCAAAUCAUAAAGCUUCCAAACAUAUGGGCAAUGGCGAGGUGCUGCUCCAUCAGAAGAUACCUGGGGCUGUGUCACUUACUGACUCCCUCCAACCCCAGCAGGGCACUGCCAAAGCAGAGCAGCUGGAACGUGUGGCCAACGGGCCAAAAAGUUCCAGUCACAGUGCUGAGAUUUCCAAUGGCCCCUCAGCCCUGAACGCGGAGUUAAGGCAGCAGCACCCGCCCCACAACCACUCCUCCCCACCACCUGCAGCCACACCAAACACACAAGACCCCUCUGGUGCAGAGCUGCCUACCAAUGGCGUGUCUGAGAGCAGAACCCUUAAGAGGCCUGCUGAAGACUGCGAGCGGGGUGCGUCUGCUUCAGGAAUUCCAAACAAAGUGGGCAUCCGGAUAGUCACCAUCAGCGAUCCCAACAACUCCGGCAACAUUUCCACAAUGGUGGCAGUUCCGGCAGGCGUUGACCCAAGCACAGUAGCAAAAGUAGCAAUAGAAAAUGUAGCGCAGCAGAAACCCAGUGUGCCUGCCACGCUUCCUGAAUCUACCACUGAGCAACCUGUUUCAACACAGUCCCCACCACCAGUGGCUCAGUCCACACCAACAGUCGAUCAAAAUUCAGUUCCUCCAGCCGAGACGACACAAGCCACAGCUCCCCUUCCGGAACAGACUCGCCAACCUGGACAGAACUUCAAAUGUCUUUGGCAAGCCUGUAAACGGUGGUUUGAGACACCUUCACAGGUGUUUUACCAUGCAGCUACACAGCACGGCAGCAAAGAGGUUUACCCCGGCCAAUGCCUUUGGGAGGGCUGUGAACCCUUUCCACGGCAAAGAUUGUCCUUCAUCACACAUCUACAGGACAAGCACUGCUCAAAAGAUGCUCUUCUGGCUGGACUCAAGCUGGAAGAACAAACGCAAGGCAGCAAUUCCAACACAUCUAAAUCUCCCCCACCGGCAAGCAGCAGUCCGGCUCCUCCCAGACCGCAAAAAGCUAUAGUAAAUCACCCGAGUGCAGCUCUCAUGGCC